AUGGUGAGCGUGUUCCUGCGCCUGCUGAACGACUUCCCCGGCCUGCUCAGCGUAACUACGAACCGUUACCACACUUUUGAUCUCGCUGUGAAGAUCAGGGUCAGCCUGGCAGUCAAAUACGUCGCGUUGGAACACGACCACAGCCGUGAAUUGUGGCGCAGACAGCUCGUCGAACAGGAGUGCGGCGAGCAGAUCACAGAUGACCACUUGGAUACGCCGGCCAAGCAUGAUCUCAACGGGCGACAGAUUGUGCACAUUCUGGGUGUAGCCACUGCUGUGGCUCAAUUCGAAAAUGGAGAGCUAGUCAUGUCCCACAUCGAGGUCGCGAUCAAGGCCUCUGAGGAUGAAGCCGAGGAGGGUAAACAUGAAGAUCAGUACUAG